AUUAUCGAAAACUCGAGCGUGAUAAUAGCCAUGUGUAUUAUAGUCCGUUGAAUCAACAGACUAAUGAGGCAUUCGAGGAUCUGUUCAAUCGAUUGACACAAGGUCGUGCAGUAAAACAGCAGUCUUUGGAAUUUUUGGGGAGGUCGCUUAAUAUCCCGAUGGCUUGUGGCGAUAUUGCCAGAUUCUCGUUUGCAGAGUUGUGUGGACGGCCGUUGAGCGCGGCAGAUUAUCUAGAGUUGACUAGGCAUUAUCGGGUGAUUGUGGUUAGCGGGAUACCUCGCAUGUCAUUGGCUUUAAAGAAUGAAGCACGAAGGUUUAUUACGUUGAUUGAUGCGCUUUAUGAUACUAGGUCGGUAUUAAUAUGCUCAGCAGAGGUACCAGUCAACCAGCUAUUCACUACCGAAGAAAAAUACGAUAC